AUCCUCGCCAUCUAGCGGCAGAAAGCGCGCUCCCUUUCGGCGUCACGCGGCUCCGGGGUCCUUCCGUCCCGCUGCUGUUAAGCUGAAAGUUCCCUUUCAAUCCGGAUACAAAGAAGCGCGGGGCUCUCUUUAAUAGCACCACCAUUAGCACGCUCCCUUGCCGGAGAGAUGCGGCGGAAAGAGAAAAGACUGUUGCAGUUCGCCGGGAUCCUCAUAGCGGCUCUGCUCUUCCUCCCGAACGUCGGCUUGUGGUCUUUGUACCGGGACCGGGUGUUCGACAGUCCACCGGACACGUUAGACGGACCGGGCGGUGUACCCCAGAUUCAGGGUUUGAAUCGACUACGGAAAGACAAUCAAAACGGACGAGAUAGCGUUUCGAGGAAAGACUGGCAUAACUACGAAGCAAUCAAAAGGGAUGCCGCCCGAUCCGGAAAUGGUGAACAAGGGAAAGCAUUCCCGCUCACGGACGCCGACCGGGUGGACCAGGCCUACAGGGAGAACGGCUUCAACAUUUACGUGAGCGACAGGAUCUCCCUGAACCGCUCCAUCCCUGACAUACGCCAUCCAAAUUGUAAACAGAAGCUGUACGCCGAGAAGCUGCCCAACACUAGCGUCAUCAUCCCGUUCCAUAACGAGGGCUGGUCGUCUUUGUUGAGGACGGUCCACAGCGUCCUCAACCGCUCUCCUCCACAGCUCAUCGCCGAGGUCCUCCUGGUGGACGACUUCAGCGACAAAGAGCACCUUAAGACGGCGCUGGAGGAGUACAUGGUCCGCUUGCCCAAAGUCCACAUCCUGAGAAACAAGAAGAGGGAGGGUCUGAUCAGGACUCGGCUGCUGGGGGCCGCUGCCGCCAAGGGGGAGGUCAUCACCUUCCUGGACUCGCACUGUGAGGCCAACGUCAACUGGCUUCCUCCGCUACUCGACCGAAUCGCCCAGAACAGGAAGGCCAUUGUCUGCCCGAUGAUCGAUGUCAUCGACCACGACAACUUCGGCUACGAGACGCAGGCGGGCGACGCCAUGCGUGGCGCCUUCGACUGGGAAAUGUACUACAAACGCAUCCCCAUCCCCCAGGAGCUGACAAAGGCCGACCCCAGCGAGCCCUUCGAGUCUCCAGUGAUGGCGGGAGGGCUGUUUGCCGUAGACAGACGCUGGUUCUGGGAGCUCGGCGGGUAUGACACAGGUCUGGAGAUCUGGGGAGGAGAACAGUACGAGAUCUCCUUUAAGGUGUGGAUGUGUGGCGGUCGGAUGGAGGACAUCCCAUGCUCCAGGGUGGGACACAUCUACAGGAAAUAUGUUCCUUACAAAGUGCCUGGAGGAGUCAGUCUGGCGAGGAACCUGAAGCGCGUGGCGGAGGUGUGGAUGGACGAGUACGCCGAAUACAUCUACAAGCGUCGACCCGAGUACCGCCACCUGGCUGCGGGCGACAUGACGGCGCAGAAGAAGCUGCGGAGCCAACUCAACUGCAAGAGCUUCAAGUGGUUCAUGAAUGAGGUGGCCUGGGAUCUGCCCAAACACUACCCGCCGGUGGAGCCUCCUGCCGCCGCCUGGGGAGUGGUACGAAACUUGGGCAACAGCAUGUGCAUGGAGACAAAACAUUUUGUGUCGGGAAGUCCCAUACGCCUGGAAAACUGUGCCACGGCGCGGGGGGAGGUGAGCUGGAGCAACGGACAAGGGUUCACAUUCGGGUGGCGGGAGGACAUCCGCGUGGGCGACCCCUUGCACACAAAGAAGGUUUGCUUCGACGCCGUCUCCAACAACAGCCCCGUCACGCUGUACGACUGUCACGGCAUGAAGGGCAACCAGCUGUGGCGCUACCGAAAGGACAAGAGCUUGUAUCACCCCGUUAGCAACAGCUGCAUCGACGGCAACGCCGGCGAGCGCCGCGUCUUCAUGAACACGUGCGACCCCGCCUCCGCCAGCCAGCGGUGGCUCUUCGACAAAACCAACGACGACGUGCUGGAGGGCUUCAACCGCCAGGCGGAAGUUUGACUGACGGGGCUUUGGUCCCCGAAUGUGCCGACAUUCCCGCCUCCUAUUUCCAUGACUCUUAUUUGCAGCCUCUCUCUCGCCGCCGGGUUCCUGAUUUGAACACCUCCAGUUUAUCUCCAUGUCUUCCACCUCACAAAUCCUCUAUGUCUCGCCGCCUUCGACAACGCAAUCCUGCCAUGGGGCUCGGGGGCGGGCGGCGUCUCCGGGUGGUGGUGUCGUCGCCUGUUCUUCCUGGCUGAGCCUAAGUGGUUGUGACACCUGGGUGAAGCCAGGCAGAACCAUUCGAAAAAAAUCCCCCCACACUCCUGCCUUCGCCUGCAACUUGAUAUAAUCUGCUGUCCAUCACUUUCCUCUCCUCCUGUCUGUUUUUAACUUUGGAAAAUUUACUUUUUCCAGCUGCUAUCGCCUCCUUUACGGUCUAUUUUGCUGCUGCCCUCCUUGCUGGAUGGACGGACCAACGCGGGGGGCUUUUUAUGGGCGGCGGCGUCCACCCAGCUGACAUCACUUUUAGCAUAGAGCGCCAGCAUGGGGGCCCUUACUCCAGGACUAGAGGCGGCGCUGUCACGCCAAAUUUCUUCCCCCUACAAAAACCUCCCCCCCCACACAUUUACUUUCGGGGUCAUUUCCUCUUACGUCAUUUCCUUUUACUUACGUCAUUUCCUCUUACGUCAUUGACAGCGAUCGAUAACACUUCGGCUUUGACACAGGACAGCAGCACACACAAUAUUGUAGUGAAAUGGUUUCAACAAUAAUGUUGAUUUAAAGUACAGACAUUUAACAGUAUUAUAUAUUAAUUAAUAUUAGUGAAAUGGUGGUUCCUCUCUUUAAAAAGGGGAACCGGAGGGUGUGUUCCAACUAUCGUGGGAUCACACUCCUCAGCCUUCCCGGUAAGGUCUAUUCAGGUGUACUGGAGAGGAGGCUACGCCGGAUAGUUGAACCUCGGAUUCAGGAGGAACAGUGUGGUUUUCGUCCUGGUCGUGGAACUGUGGACCAGCUCUAUACUCUCGGCAGGGUCCUUGAGGGUGC